GGUGUUGGGAGAGGAGAGAGUUGGAAAGGAAGGGAGAGAUGAUAGAGUAGAUUAGGGAAUUGGGGAGAGAGAGUGGGAACAGAGAGGAGAGUUUGAAGGAGAGGAGGAGAGGAGGAAAAGGAGUGUCAGAAUAGUUAAAUGGGACGUCCUGAGACAGGCACAGACUCCACACUCAGAGACAUAGAACUACUGAGCAACAAAACUGAACCAGGACUAAACCAGGACUAGACUAGGACUAAACCAGGUCUGAACCCGGUGUAAACCAGAAUUGAACAAGGACUAGACCAGGGCUGAACCAGGACUAUCCCUACACAUGAUGAAUGAAUACAGGAUGAAUAAACUACAGUUCUAAGAAAAGGAGCGGAACAAAGGUGGUAAAGUUACGCUCUGUUGGCUCAAGUCUCCUCUCUCCCCUCCUCUCUUCAUCCUCUCUCCUAUCCCCCCUCUCUCUUCCUCCUUCCUCUCUGCCUCCUCCUCUCUUCCUUCACUUCUGCCUCUUCCUCCUCUCUCUCCUCUUCCUCUCUUUCUCCUCCCAUCUUCACUCUGGAGGAUGGAGCCAAUCCGCAGAGACAUGGAGUUUAUCAGUAACAGCAUGGCCACAUUCGCUCACAUCAGAGCUAACCCAGAGAGCUUGGCCCUGUUCUUCAUGAUGGGUGUGUGCUUCGGCCUCUUCUCCGCGCUCUGCCUCCUUGUGGCCGGGAUCGUGUGUCGUAGACGUCUUCAUCGAAAAAAAAACACUCCCAAACCCUCCUCCCCUUCCUCCUCCCCUUCCACACCUCCAGACCUCCAGCCGCUCCGGGCCCCCAGUGCGGAGCAGGCGUCCCAAGAGAGUGCCCCGAGCGCAGGCAGGCUCUCCGCGGGGUCCGGCCUGGAUGUGUUCACGUCAGAGGAGGAGCUGGAGAAGGCACGUAGACUGGAGGAGAGAGAGCGAGUCCUUAGGGAGAUCUGGAGGAACGCCCAGCCGGAUGUGCUAGUGACCGGGACUGGGACUAUAGGAAGAGUCCAUUACCAUUGAUCACAGAACUGGGACUAAACCCAGGACUGGGACCAUAGGAAGAGUCCACUACCACUGCCCGCAGAUUAAACCAAAGGAAGAGUCCACUGAAUCAGAGGAGGGAAAGACUUUCUAGAGGAGGUCCCCGAGUUUAAGAAGCAUGAUUCAAAUUGCCAGGUGUUUGUAUUGGUUAAACAGAAGAACCUCCAUCUCGUCUCCGCUCCUUCAUGGAUUCUGGAUUCAGGCCCAAACAAAAGGAUUCUAACUCACAUAGUGUAUCCAGUGCCUACUGUUGUUAUGUCCUUGGGCAAGACUCUUCAGGGUGGAAUGCAAUGCCAAACCUGUGUGUGAUGUAAACGUAAACUGAUUAUGAAUCCUCAGACGCUUCCCUCAAUAAUGUAUAGUUAACCCCCGUGCCUCCUGUCUCUUUGGGACAUGAACCAAAUGCUCUUCUCAGUGUGGAGGAGCAGUGACUCUACACUGAGCUCUGAGGGAGGGCCCUAACUCUGUAUAUGUACAAAUAUACAAAUUAAAUAUUGGCCCAGAGUGAAGGCAGACUUUUGACAUUUUCAGACUUUCUUUUGAACAAACUCCUGUUGUGCCAUUUAAAGACACAGUGUGUCAACUGUCAUGUACAUGAUACUUUUUGUCCAGGGAGUAUGGACUUAAAGGUAUCUUCUUUCAUAUUGAUGUCAUAAUGUCAUAAUGCCAUACUGCGGAACACUCCAGAGUCAUAACACAUGAGACAAGAUACACAAAAUUUCCAUAAUGCAGCUUUAAUGUGAUCUGUUUCACUGCGUCAUUUUUGUUUUACUCUAGAAAAAUUGUAAUAAAAUGUUUUUG